UAAAAAUGGGGCUAUUAGAAUUUAAAAAAUGUCAGAACCUUCAAAAGACACCAGCUUAUAUUCGGAAUAUUUGCAUUCUUGCUCAUGUUGAUCAUGGAAAAACCACUUUAGCUGACUCAUUGGUAGCUAGUAAUGGAAUAAUUUCAAAUAAAUUAGCUGGAAAAUUACGUUAUCUUGAUAGUCGUCCAGAUGAACAGCUGCGUGGCAUAACAAUGAAAUCAAGUCUCAUUACAUUGUAUCAUAUUUGUAAUAAUUCUGAAUAUAUCGUAAACCUUAUUGAUUCUCCAGGUCACGUAGAUUUUACAUCCGAAGUAUCAACUGCUGUAAGAUUAUGCGACGGUGCCAUGAUUGUAGUAGACGCCGUUGAAGGUGUUUGCUCACAAACUCGUAGUGCACUUUCUAUAGCAUACGCGGAAAGUUUAAAACCCAUUUUAAUUCUUAAUAAAAUUGAUAGAUUAAUUACUGAAAUGAAAUUAUCUCCACUAGACGCUUAUGUUCAUUUGAAUCAAGUAUUAGAGCAAGUAAACGCCGUUAUGGGAGAAUUAUAUGCUAGUGAUGUUAUGGAUCGAGAUGAAGAGAAAGAAAAUGUUUUAUCUAAUAGCAUAGAUAAUUUAAUUGAAAGAAGGAAUAUAGUGGACUGGCAGUCGGCACUGGAAGAGAUGGAUGAUUCAAAUUUAUAUUUUUCACCGGAACAAGGAAAUGUUUUAUUCGCUAGUGCUAUUGAUGGAUGGGGCUUUGCUAUAAAAGAUUUUGCCAAAAUUUUUUCUGACAAAUUAGGUUUUAGUGAAAAAGUUUUAUCAAAAACAUUAUGGGGAGAUUAUUAUUUAAAUACAAAAAGUAAGAGAAUUAUGAAAGGUGCGCAAGAAAAGGCAAAGAAACCAUUAUGUGUCCAACUGAUUUUAGAAAAUCUUUGGACUUUAUAUGAUACGGUAAUAGUAAGGAGAGAUAAGGAAAAAAUUGUAUCAAUGGUGGAAAAAUUAAAUAUUAAAUUAACCACAAGGGACUUGCGUCAUACUGAUCCCAAGGCACAAUUGCAUGCAAUUUGUAUGCAAUGGUUACCCUUGUCAGAGUCAUGUCUCAAUAUAAUAUGUGAAAAGAUUCCAGCACCUCAUAAAUUAUCUUCGGAGAAAGUGGAACGACUGAUCAGUGGAAUGGACGAAUAUUCAUCUAUGCCCAAAGAAACUCAAAAUUUAAAAGAAGCUUUUUUAUCGUGUAAUUCCAACGAACAAGCGCCAAUUAUUAUUUUUAUUUCAAAAAUGUUUCCAGUAGAUAAAAAAUCUCUACCUGAAAAUAAGCCAAGACUUUUAACUCAAGAAGAAUUAAUUAAGCGAAAAGAAAUUGCACGUCAAGCACAUAUUGAUAAAUUAGUAAAUGAAAAGCCUCCUGUACCAAUAUCAAAUGAGAAUGUCCAAAGUACGGAUAAUGUUCAAAAAGAAGAUACUGACACUUGUGAGAGUAGUCUGAUUGCUUUUGCUAGAAUAUAUUCGGGCACGGUGAGUAUUGGUAGUGAGUUGUAUGUUUUAGGGCCCAAGCAUAAUCCCAGAAUUGCUUUAGAAAGGCAAAGAGCCGGCGAAGUAAUAGAUCCAAAUUUGCAAUUAAAGGAUUUAAAAGAUGGAUGUUACAUUACUAAAGUGACUAUUUCAAAAUUGUAUCUCCUCAUGGGUAGAGAACUAGAGCCAAUUACUAAAGUACCCGCAGGGAAUGUCAUUGGUAUUGGUAAUUUAGAAGAGCAUGUAUUAAAGACAGCCACAUUGUCCUCCACUAUAGCCUGUCCAUCAUUUUCCGAAUUAACUUCAUUAACAGUUCCAAUACUUAGAGUAGCGUUAGAACCAAAGCACCCAAAUGACUUGCAAAAAUUAAUUUAUGGUUUAAAACUUCUUAAUCAAGCUGAUGCUUGUGCAUUGGUUCAUAUUCAAGAAACUGGAGAAAUUGUUUUAAAUACAGCAGGGGAAGUUCACUUGGAACGAUGCUUAGAAGACUUAAAACUUCGUUACGCUAAAGUCGAAAUUAAUGUAUCAGAGCCAAUUGUAUCGUUUAGAGAAACUAUUGUACCAGCUCCAAAAGUUGAUAUGCUGAACGAAGUUAUAGAACAGAAGCCAGAUGAUAUUAAGUUAGAAACAUGGACGUUGAAUAAUCAGCGUUGUUAUUUUGAAGUUGAUGCAAAGCCCCUACCCGAAGCAGUUACAAAAUUAUUGGAAAAUAAUUCUGAGCUCAUAAAGGGGCUGAAUAAGCAUUAUGGCGACUUAAGCAAAGAAAAAGAAAAUUUGUCAGAGCUGCCGGAUCUAACUGAAUUAAAUUUGGAGUCGAAAUCUCUUAGUGAAAGAAUGCAGAAAAAUUUAGAAGUCUUCAAGAAUGAAUUAUUAAAUGCUUUUAAAGAUGCAGAUUGGGACGAAGACACUAUGAAUAAAAUAUGGUCUUUCGGACCUAGACAAAGUGGUCCAAAUAUUUUUUUAAACGAAUCGAGUUUUGUUGGAAAAUCUUUUUGGGAUCAUCAAACGAAAUAUACAGAUCCUCGAGAGAUAUACUACAGCAGCAUGAUAAAUGGUUUUCAAUUGGCAACUUUAUCUGGGCCAUUAUGUGAAGAGCCUAUGAUGGGAGUUUGUUUUAUUUUAAAGAAAUGGGAAAUUAAUGAAGAUUUACAAAGUGAAAGUGGAAAUCAAUCCCAAAGUCAUUUUGGUGGACAGCUAAUGUCAGCUUGCAAUCAGGCCUGUCGGAAAGCUUUUAGUAUGCGAAGACCUCGCAUUGUCACUCCUAUGUUCUCUUGCAGUGUAUUGGUCAACUCCGACGUUUUAGGUAAGUCAUAUACAUUUCUUUCGAAAAUUUGUAAAAAUUAAUUCGUUGUUCUUGUGAAUAAGUAAGUUGAUAUGCUCAUAA